AGGGUAGGAGUUGAAACAAUUUAUGUCCAGGAUGUGAGAGGUCUGUAAAUAUUUUCACAGCCCUCUUUUAUUUGUAAUUUAUUAUAUUUUAAGUGAUUAGAAAGAAAGAAAUAAGAGCUGCAAAUUAAGAAAACAAUGUAAAUCAUGAUUCAAAAUGUCCUCAUUUUUCCACUAUUUCCAGUAUACCUGUUUCUUUAUUUUCUGGAGUUAAUUUAAAUCUGAGAGGAAAGAUUCCACUUUGCUUGAACUUUUAACUAAUGAAACCUCACAGUAGUUCAUGUAACACAGGUUUUGGCAACAGCACAACCCAGUGAGGUAACAUGAUGCAGGAGAACCAAUGAAAUAUUUACAAUCUGGUUAUGCAUAUUUAAAGAGAAAAAGAAAUUCAAAGGGAUUCUUUUCCCUUCCUGUGGUCUUAAGCCUUGAAGGAAAGCUGUGGUUGCAAUAAUAAUUAAGAUGCCAAUACAAUUACAGGAUGAAGGACCAAUGCAUGCAUUCAAAUAAAGGACUGUAAAUGCAUCUUACUCUAUAACUGCAAGAAAGAUAGAUUUGACUUUUCAGUCCAGAAUGAAAAAGAUCAUCAUGCAGGGUCUCUUCAGACGAGGUACCUGACCUCUUUUUAUUUUUAAUUCAGGAAAGGUUUGAAUGGUAACCAGAAUAUGAACUGGAAAAAUUAAGUAAAAUAUGAGUCCCAGGUGUAUAAUGAUGUAGAUAAGAGAUCAGUAGGAAGGAACAAAAAGUUGGAAACUUUGUUGCUUUAGAUACUUUUAAUGAGGAUGUAGAUUCUGACUAGUAGAUGGUGAUAGGUUUCCAUAUGCUUGCUCCAUAGGUGGUCCUUUAGAAAGUGGACCACAGGUCCCUUCAUGUUUCAUUAUUGAUCACGCUGAUAGUAAAGAUGAGAGCCAGUAAUUAUCAUGUUAUGAUGACAGUGAUGUAAAUAGUUAAUAACUGACUGACUUCAUGGCUAUGAUAUGUUCUGUAAACAAGCCACUGAAAUAGAGUGAGGAUGAAAAACAACAUAUAUGAAUUGCUUUGGAACAUAAGAGGGAAUGUGCAUCCUGCUAAGAACUUUAACUUCAGGAUAUCUUAUAUUGCCUUCGUUUGUUCCUACAUAUAGGGCAAGGGGGUGGGGGCUAGAUGAAAAAGUGCUGGGGGGAAAAAAUAAAACUUUGUGAAUUUAUUGUGUUACAUGAUGGAGCCUAGGCAGUCCUAUUUACUAAUCUUACAAAUUCUACUCCUACAGAAUUUAUAUAAAAUAUGUUCAGCCAUCCUUUAUAAGCCCGUGAGAGGAAUGGGUGGUUAAGAAAUAUGAAAUAUUUAUGAAUAAAUAAACCUUUCAGAACAGUAUAAGGAUUAUAUUUCCUAGACCAUACAUUUGUAUGUAGGUUUAUCUUAAUAAUAACAAAUAUUUCUGUCAACAUCAUGUGGAUGAACUUUGAGGAAACAAAUGUUGAAAAUUCCUAUUUUUCUACACAUUUUUUGUGGCUCCAACUUUUAGUCCCUUGGCUCAAUCCAUAGAUGAUCGGACUAUGUGGUUUUACAUUUAAUGGUAUAUAUAAUUGUUCAAAUGGCAAUCCAUUCUCAUUCCUAACAUGAACAUUCUAUUUCAUGCAAACGCUCCAGGCCCAGUUAAUAAAACCAUGCAAGAUCUUCUUCCAGGUUCUCUGCACAUGCCUGAACAAGCAAAGCCUUCAGAAACAACUGUAAUCUGGAAACAAACCCAGCUUCCAUCUGGUUUUCCACCUGGUCUGGAAUACUUAAGACAGUUGGAUCAGAUCAUUAUUCACCAGCAAGUAGAACUUCUUCAAGUUAUACUCGGAACUGAAACCUGCAGUAAAUAUGAGAUAAAAAAUCACAUGGGGCAAAGAGUUUAUUAUGCUGUGGAAGAAAAUGGUUUCUUUGAUCGGAACUUCUGUGCACCAUUACGAUCUUUCACCAUAAGAAUCACAGACAAUACUGGUCAAGAGGUGAUAACUGUGAACAGACCUUUAAGAUGUAGUAGCUGUUUGUUUCCAUGCUAUCUUCAACAGUUAGAAGUUCAGUCACCUCCUGGAACCACAAUUGGCUACGUUGUGCAGAAAUGGGACCCCCUGCUACCAAUAUUUACAAUCCGGAAUGGGAAUAAUGAAGAUGUGUUGAAGAUCACAGGUCCUUACAUCACAUGCGGUUGCUUUGGAGAUGUUGAUUUUGAGGUAAAAUCUUUAAAUGAUAUGUCAACUAUUGGCAAGAUUUCUAAAUAUUGGUCUGGAUUUGUCAAUAAUAUAUUUACUAAUACAGCCAACUUUGGCAUUCAGAUUCCUGUGGACCUUGAUGUGAAAAUCAAAGCUGUGAUGAUCGGUGCUUGCUUUCUCCUAGACUUAAUGUUCUUUGAGAAUUCCUUGGAUGGAUUGUAA